AUGUCUGGUACUACCAUUGUGAAGAUUGAGGUCUUUCGGGUGCCCCCGCGAUGGCUCUUUGUACGAGUAGAAACACAGGACGGAACCAUAGGAUGGGGAGAAGGCACGCUAGAGGGGCACACUGAAGCUGUCGAAGGCGCGUACAAAGACAUUAUUACCAGGUUCGUCGGUUGGGAUGCGGACAGCAUCCAAGACAUCUGGCAGCACUGUUACCGUGCCAGAUUUUACCGGGGAGGGCCUGUCUUGAUGUCGGCGCUCUCGGGGUUGGACAUCGCGCUGUGGGAUAUCAAGGGAAAGCGGCUGGGCGUACCUAUAUGGCAACUCUUGGGAGGGAAAGUCCGUGACCGCCUGAAGGUGUACGGAUGGAUCGGGGGCGACAAGCCUCAUGCAGUUAUUGAAGGUGCGAAAACUCGGAAGGAGCAGGGCUUUACCGCAGUCAAGAUGAAUGGUACAGAGGCAAUCGGGUGGAUUGACUCGCCAGCUUUGCUGAUGGAGACCACUGCGCGUGUCAGCGAAGUUAGAUCGCUAGGGCUAGAUGUUGGAGUCGACUUCCACGGCCGCGUGCACAAGGGUAUGGCGAAGCAGCUCGCGCGACUUCUGGAGCCACUCCAACCCCUCUUCAUAGAAGAGCCUCUGCUUCCCACUCAGCCACAGGAGAUCGCGGAUCUUUCGAAGCUAGUCUCAACCCCCAUCGCUUUGGGCGAGAGACUAUAUUCAAGAAGUGAUUUUCGACCAUACCUGGAGGCCCGGGCCAUCGACAUUGCUCAGCCUGAUGUCGCGCAUUGUGGAGGGAUCAGCGAACUGCAUAGGAUAGCCGCAAUGGUUGAGACUUAUGACGUUGCUCUUGCACCGCACUGUCCCCUCGGCCCAAUCGCUCUUGCUGCUUGUAUGCAGGUGGACAUUUCAUCGCCUAAUUUCUUCAUACAAGAACUGAGCCUUCAGAUGCACUACAACGAAGGGGCUGAUCUUCUCACUUACCUUGUCGAUCCAUCCGUCUUUGCAAUCAAAGAUGGCUAUGUAGAGGCGCUUCAAGGCAAGUGCAGGUAUUAUCGUCUUAGGAUUGGUUUCAAAAUCAUAGAUGUCGUGAACAAGUCACUUGCGUUCCAUACUUCCAUUAACUAUCAACGUUUGGCUCCCCCGCCAUUUUCUGAAGAUAUACACGAAGAUGUGCUGCGAGAUCUCGCACGCAUCCGUGAAGAAGUGUACUCCUCUGACUAUGAACUCCAUCUUGAUAUGUCGCAAACGUUAAAGAGACUUCAUGACGGACAUUGCACUUAUGUUAAUCUGUGUUAUGAUGGAUUAUUCACCACAUAUCUUCCCAUCCCUCUCGUGUUACUGACCGACACUGACGGCUCUCAGAGCGUACAUAUUGCCCCGGAGGCUUUUGAUGUCGCUGUAGAUGCAUUUGGGGAUGAAAUAGAUGUAUGGCAGAAUGCCUUACCUGGGAGCUUGAAGGGACAAUUAGAUUCGGUUAGUCCCAACUAUUAUAUACGCCAACCGCUCAUGGAAAACUCGUCGUCGCAGCUGUCGGGUGCCAAAGUCCUACUCAUCGAUGGAUUGGAAGCUUUUGCAGCAGUGAAUGCCAGUGCGUCAGUUGUUGGAGGUUAUCAAGCGUUCGGAACUCGGCAGAACUUAUUUUUUUCGAGCUACAACCGUGCCGAGUCGGGCUGGAUUUAUAAUAUGGGCAACUUUGCUCAACUCGCUCUACCUCUCAAGGAUUCAGUAACGUUCACUAUACAGAGGAAGGGUAGCGACGACAUGGAGACCAUCACGCUCCCAUACCGUUCCCGCAUUUCGCCAAAUGCGCAGCCCUGGACUGAUUCGGCUUCCUUCCGGGGCAACAAUUGUGUGGCCACUGAAUUCACAAAUGGCAUCGACCUCUAUGCGAAUGUGAAGCAGGGUAGUUAUGGAGCCGAUCCAGCCGGUGGACAUCGCCAACAUCCCCUCGUGGCCCACAAGAAAACUAAGAAACAUAGAGUGAACGAAAUGCUUGACAUUGCACCUCAACGGGGUAUUGCGCUUCCGGCUCACCUCACCCCCCCUUCUCCACUCAAUGGAAGCUCCGGUGUUGCGCAAUUUCAUAUGCUCAACGACAGUGAGACUGGUGUCCUUGUGCUUGGCAGUUUUUCCAGUAGCUCUUUCGAUCGCCUUCAAAGUAGUCUGCUCGAAGGAUUACAGAAUUUGAAAGAUGAAGGUGCAACGCGGUUGGUUGUAGAUGUGACCAAUAAUGGCGGAGGCUGGAUUUGCAUUGCGCAUUGGCUACACCGGAUUAUCGCGGGACCUAAAGCAACCACGAUCCCACAGGCAGGCUUGCAGACGCAAACUCGAGCAGGCCCUCUGGCACAGCUUAUUGUCGAGAAGAUAGUCAGAGGCGCCGAUCCUGAUAAUGUUCUGUCGUACAAUCCGCUCAACUGGGCAUUCGCGAACAACACCCCGUUCCCCGGCGAUUACAAUUGGAUGCAACCUCCGGUGGAGAAGACGAUCAAUGGAGUGUCCGAUUUAUUUAGCCAACGACUUGGGGAUGAGUGUCAGCCUUUUGAGAUGGAUCCCCCUAUGGAACCUUUGUUCGACACACAGAAGGUCGCUAUUGUUAGCAAUGGGAGAUGCGGAAGUUCUUGCUCCCUAUUUAGUAUCUCAAUGGCAAAAGAAGAAGGUGCCAAGACCGUCGUUGUCGGAGGAAAAGCUGACGUUCGACAGCAGUACUGCGGGGUGGUUGGCGGACAAUCCACUCACUUUUCCGAGAUAGACACUGAAAUUAAGACGACUCAAUUGAAGAAGCAUCCGCUUGCUCCUCCUGACUUUAUGACUAAUAGCAUCCAAGGAAUUACCUGGCGGCUUGGCUUCGGUAUCGAUGAUCCCACAGAGCCAGAAGAGUGGCAAGAUCAUCCGGCGGAUGUGAACCUCCCAUUAACCGCCGACAUGUGA